AUGGUACAAAAUGUUCAGCUGACAGGGGUCAUGCCAAAAAUAGAGAGGAGAGAAGGUCCUAUAAUCGGAUUCUCAGAGGAAGACGCGCAACGCCUUCACCAUCCACAUGACGAUGCGCUCGUCGUCAACUUGCGGGUAGGAGACUACAACAUGCACCGGGUGCUGGUCGACAAUGGCAGUUCAGCAGAUAUUUUAUACUACACGGCGUUCCAGCGAUUACCCUCAACAGAUAGCCAGGGACGUGACAUUCUUGGUAGUCGACUGCUCAUUAGCCUACAACGCUAUCCUCGGGCGACCCACGCUCAACUCAUGGAAGGCGGUAACUUCCACCUACCAUCAAUGAUAAAGUUCCCGACUGACUACGGAGUAGGGGAACUGCGCGGAAGUCAGAUGGCCGCGCGCGAAUGCUACAUAACCAUGAUGGAAAUGGAGGAUCAGGUUUAG